AUGUCUGAACAGAAUGUGGACGAAUACGAGCACUACAACUACGAUCAGGACAAGUAUGUGAACACCGGUCACGGCGGCAAACAGAGGACCAAGAAGGAGGUGUCCGAUCACACCAACCACAACGACCCCAACGGUCACACCAGGAAAAUAGUGAACAAAUUGCAGAAUACGGAGCAUAAGAAGCCACAAACUAAGGUCGAAAAGAGGCCCAGCAUUAGCUAA